AUGGAGGAGAGUCACUUACUUAGCGACGACCUGCCGCUCCCACCCGCCCGACUGUUUGAACGACUGGGCCACCUACCAGGCUAUACUUGGGACCAGUCCAUCGAGCCCUUCCAUUCCACCUACAAUCAUUGGCAUAUUUCGGGAUUUCGUCAUGCCACCGAAUCAAACCUCUCCACCCCGAUCGCGACUUCCUCCGGUCCUGCCUCGUCCGGUCCUUCCAGCUUGACCCGAUUCUCACCCCGCACCGAAACACGCCCUUCUGCGCGAGACAACCGAAGGUUCAGUGUCAGUGAGACUAGCAGUGAACUGUCGCUCUCACGAGGAGGUGAACAUGAACAGGUCUGGAUACCGGUCGUGGCUCGAGUCUCGACAAACUUCAUCCGCCUCGAGCGAGAGUUCCAUAUGCUCAGAUCGAUAGUCCAAUCCUCGGACCCAGACUGCAAUCAUACCGUACGGCCGAUUGAUCUCAUACGACUCCCCGCCGAUCCAGUAGAUGGAGGGUCUCUCCUGGUGGCUGUCUUCGAGUCUCCCGGCCAUGACAGACUCCGGGACCUGGUCACAUUUGGACCCGCGUCUUUUGUCGCGGGUUCCAAAAGUGAUCCUAAUUUAACGCCCGAUGAACAGGUUGACCUGCCGGCAUUCUUUGAUUUUGCGAUUGGUGCGUGCGACUGCUUGGAAAUCUUGCAUUAUGGUAUGAAUACGGUUCAUGGGGAGAUCCGCGGAGAUGCAUUUCACUUUAGCAGCGAAGGGGGAUCCGUCAAGCUCUCCAACAUGGGCAAUGGCGCACGUUCAUUUGACAAUGUUCUGAGUGAAGGCUGGUCCUCUGUUUCCCGCGAGCUGGGAGCCAAGUACAAGCUGCAAUUUAUCGCCCCCGAGCAGACUGGCAGGAUGCCGACAGAGCCAGAUAGUCGCACAGAUAUCUACGCACUCGGUCUCUUCUUCUGGUCCAUGCUCGUUGGGAAACUACCAUUUGAAGGCGCAGACCCCGUUGAAGUAGUACAAAAUGUACUUACCAAAAAGUUGACGCCGAUCUCUUCGAAGAGAAUGGAUAUUCCCGACGCGCUUUCAGCUGUGGUUCAGAAGAUGACACAAAAGGUCGUGCACGAUCGUUACCAUACAAUCUCCUCCGUCAAGCGGGACUUGACAGAGGUAGCAAAACUAUUGGGCGAUGGAGAUAGCGAGGCUUUGAAUACUUUCAAGAUCGCCCAGCGAGACGUGUCAUCUUUUUUCACACUACCUUCGCGAAUGAUUGGACGCCAAAAAGAAUGUGAUAUCAUUAUCAAUGUGGUCGAGAAAGUCAAAAAGCGCCAGGCAACUGCAUCUGCUAAGGCAUUUGUGCAAAGCCCAGCAACCGCUCACGCACUCGCUUCUAAUUCCUCAAUCUCAGAGGGGCCUGUGGAUAGUUUCGAUCUUGCUUCUGUUUCGAGUGACUCUGGUUCCUUCCACCUACCUCCACGCAGCAGCUCAAAUACUAGUACUCAAUAUCACAUUGCUCAUGUCAACGCCCAAGACUCCAUAGCGAGCAAUGAUACAUCUCCGCCCCCAAGAUUGAGGCAAAGCUCGGCAGGCCCGGAUUCAUCCAGUCAAACACCACCUGUGUCAAUCCCUAGCAAAAUGAAAAGUCCAUCUCAUUCCCGGUCUUCCCACAACACCGAUAGGGAGAGUCAGCCUUCCAUUGGUACCAAUACCAACAGUCAGCCGUCCACCCAGACUUUCAGCCAAACUGAUUCGUUGACUUCGAUUGUCAAGCACAAGGCCGGUGUCAAAUUCCGCCGGAAUGGCCGCUGUGAGGUAAUUGCAAUUAGUGGUGCUGCCGGAAUAGGAAAGACAGAUCUUUUGAAUCGGGUCCAGCCAGUCAUUCGCAAGGCUGGGUAUAUUGCAAUCACGCGUCUUGACCGAGCCAAGCGGGUACCAUUUGAACCAUUUGCAAAAGUUUUGGCCAGCCUACUACGUCAGAUUUUCUCUGAACAGGAUGUCAAUACAAAUUACCACAACAGCAUCCGGUCAGCUCUGCGGUCCAUGUGGCCCACGCUCCACAAGGUGCUGGAUUUACCAGAGCAGCUAAUGGCUCCAGGAGCAAAGUACAAGCCUUCUCCACGAAUCUCUGUCCCACAGCCAAUUCCUAAGCAAGAGGCUCGUGAAGAUCCUGCCAAGCGACUCUAUAUUCCAUGGAUGGAUCAAGGCCAAUCAUCCGCAGACUUUUUCUUGGCUAACGCCGCUUCAAAUAAUAUGCGCCUGAUGGAUAUUUUCGUGGAGAUCUUGAAGACGCUCUGUCAAUUCAAACUUAUCACUGUGUGCCUGGAUGAUUUGGAGUAUGCAGAUGACGAGACCUUGGAAUUGGUAUUGAACAUUAUCAAAGCCAAGCUACCCUGCACGCUUAUUCUCACAAGCCGUAAGGACGAGAUUGAGUCUGACCGAAUUCGAUCCUUGUUUGAAACCGAAUUGCCCAAUGUCACACGAAUUGCACUGGAACCAAUAUCAGAAGACGACGUCAUGGAGUUUGUUGCCGCAACGAUGCAUCAAGAGCCCAAUCCAACAUUGACCCCACUAUGUGCUGUUGUUCAAGAAAAGAGCCAAGGGAAUCCUUUCUAUGUGCGAGUGAUGCUUGAGACAUGCUACCGGAAGAAUUGCAUUUGGUAUUCAUGGAAGGACUCGAAGUGGCUGUUUGAUCUUGAUCGCAUCUUCACUGAAUUUGUGGCUCCUGUGUAUGGAGAGGGACUUGGCUUGGGCUUCCUCACCAAACGUCUCCAAGAAAUCCCCGCUGCUGCUAGAUCGAUAAUGAUUUGGGGAGCUCUCAUCGGAAGUCCAUUUUCAUUUUCGUUGGUCCAAAGAAUCCUAACCAGUGAAUUUGUGACCUCAAUUGAUGACGAUGACGAAGAGAUGUGUCUCACAAAGCCUGGCAAUGUCACCUUGGUCAGGCAAACAGAAGGUGAUAUUGUGGUUGGGUUACAGUAUCUUGUCCAGGCAAACCUUUUGAAUACUGGCAAGACCGACGAUGAGUUCAAAUUUGGCAAUGAUCGACUUGCGCAGGCUGCACUUUCUCUUGGUGAGAGUCGCAAUGUGGAGAAGAUGCAUUUUAUUCUUUCGCAGGUUUUGAUGAAAUAUUAUCAUGAUCACCGCAGUCGGUACUCUAUGGCUCACCAUAUUGCACUUGCGUCACCUAGAAUCAAAUCUCGUGUCAAUCAUAGAAUUGAUUACCGGCGGAUUUUGUGGGAAGCUGGGCAGACGGCUUCUCAGUCUGGAGCCCGUCCCAGCGCCCUUUGGUAUUUCCGGCACUGUAUUGCGCUUCUUCAAGAUAACCCUUGGGACGACCAACAUACGGAUGUGUAUUAUGACGAGACAAUGCGACUUUACAUAGCAACGGCGGAAAUGUCCUGGUCUCAAAGUCAAAAUGAGGACGCCCUUAGACUUAUUGAUGCCGUUUUCGCCCACGGCAAGGAUGCGGUCAGUAAAUCAAGGGCUUGGGUCAUCAAAGCCAAGAUCAUGGCUCAGAUGGGUGACCACCCUCGCUCAAUGGAAGCACUACUGUCAUGUUUGGACGAACUCGGCGUACAUCUUCGUGCUCCUACCACCUAUGAAGAAUGUGAUGUUGCCUUUUACAAACUCAAGUCAUACCUUGAGUCCGUCGACAUCAAUGCCAUUGCCCAAAAGCCCAUCAGCAAGGACCCUAACCUGGUCACCAUUGGAGCCGUCAUGGCAGAGGCGAUGUCCGUCACCUACUGGGACGAUGCGUUGACCUUCUACCGGAUGGCAAUAGAGAUGAUGCACAUCCACAUCUCCAGGGGUGGGUUCACCCCGAUUUCAAUUGGCUGUUCUCACCUUUCAAUGAUCACUCUGAGCCGUUUCAAAGACCUUGAGUUUGGUACCAAGCUCAGCGAUCUCUCUCUCUCCCUCCUUGAAAAUUGUCCUGAGCUCUGGACCCAGAGCAGGGGUUCAGUCGUUCAUAACCUCUACGUCAGCCAUCUUCGUGUUCCUCUGGCAUCGACAUUACCAGCACUAGAGGCCUCACUUGAGGCGUCAUUUACCAUGGGCGACCCUUACAUCACGUUGAUUAGCAUUUCUUCAAUGGCUAUGACUAGGCUUUACCUUGGGCAAGAUAUGGCCCAACUUGAAGCCUUUUGUUCGGAGGCCCCCGAAGAUAUUCCAAUGUGGACUCAAGAUACCCGUGGGGGUGCCAGUAUUAUUUCUGUUCGUCAAGUUGCACGGGCCCUGCAAGGCAAAACAGAGAUCCGGUCUGCGGACAACGUAAUGUCGGAUAAUGAGCACCGGACAAGCUCUUUCAUGAAGUAUCUGGAUAACCAUGCCAGUAAUGCUGACAGGCCUCGUGACAUCUAUCUUGGCCUUUCUAUGAUUCCCCUGUUCCUGUUUGGCCACUACACCAAAGCGAUCCAAGUAGGGAAUAAGCUACUUGGUACAUCUUACAGACUCUGGUCUGUGCGUGUGUCCUACAUCAUUCAGUUCUACCUCGCCAUCUCGCUUCUCAGUCUUCACAACGAUUACCCAGCCCAGGGAUAUCUUGACGGGAAAAUGGAUAUGAUCCUUGAAUACAAGGCCGAGAUAGAAUUUGCUCGAAGUUGUUCCGAAUCCAAUUAUGGCAUGUGGGUUUUCCUGCUUGAGGCCCUUAUCGCAGAAGUCCGAAAUGAUCACAAUGGUGCUAUUCAAAAGUUCGAAGCCGCUAUCGAUCAUUGCCAGAUUCAUGGCUGGCCGUUAGAGGAGGCCCUCGCACUUGAGCUGCAAGGCGAGUUCCUUAUCCGACGUGGUGCGAAACGCGCCGCUCGUGCUUUGGUGCAGGAGUCUAUUGCUGUUUGGAGCUCCAUGGGUGCUGGAGGGAAAGCGAUGAUGCUUGCUGAAAAACAUGAGUGGUUGCUCAAAACAGCGACCUCCGCUAGGACUGUUGAGGUUGGUUGCCAAACUCUCGACUCACUCAUGAAAAUUAAUCGUGAAGCUGUUGCGGAUGAUAUCAUACUACCUUCUCAGUUGGAGGAGGAUGAAAGAAGGCAGCUUUGGAUUGAACAGAACGGUGUCAAUCCAGAUGAGAAAUCCAUGGAUAUCUCCAGCGUGGGUCUAGACAUUAUUGAUCUGUCUAGCAUAUUGGAGUCCAGCCAAGUCAUGUCAUCAGAGCUUCAGAUUGAUAAACUCUUCAUGAAAAUGCUCGAGAUCCUCUUGGAGUCAUGUAACGGUUCCGACUUUGCAGUCAUUGCAACCAAUUUCGAUGAACAAGGAUUUGCCAUUGCGGCGGCAGCAGAUUCCGAUAAAGGUCAACGAUCAUAUCCCGAGGGCCUGCCCUUCUCAGAAACCGAGAGUCGGAUGGCGCAGCAUAUCUCAUACUAUGUCAUGCGAACAAAGGAGGAGGUUUUGGUUCACAACGUCCUUGAGGAUGAGCGCUUCUCCAAUGUCAAUGAAACAUAUCUUGCCAAUUACCCCCAAGGCCGGUCGGUAAUUGCACUACCGAUUAUCCAAGGCGAUCAACUUCUUGGAGUCAUCCACUUGGAAGGUAAGCCGAACUGGUUCACACAACGAAACGUGGUAGUGUUACAUUUGCUUUGCAACCAGAUUGGAAUUUCAUUGUCGAAUGCUUUGCUCUUCCGUGAGAUUCGCAAAGUAAGCGCCAAGAAUUCAUCCAUGAUCGAAUCUCAAAAGCGUGCCCUCGCCCAAGCACGGGAGGCGGAGCAAAAGGCCAAGGUUGCAGAGGCCGAGGCAAAACACAAUGUCAAGCUCAAGGAGGAUGCUGCACGAGCCAAAUCAAUUUUCUUGGCAAACAUCUCUCACGAUUUACGAACUCCAAUGAACGGUGUGAUUGGUCUUUCGGAGCUGCUGAAAGGCACGAAGCUGGACAAGGAGCAAGACGAAUAUGUGGAGUCUAUUCGUGUCUGCGCUGACACCUUGCUCACCCUCAUCAAUGACAUAUUGGAUUUCUCGAAGCUAGAAGCCGGAAAAAUGAAGAUCUCCACAGUGCCGCUCAAUUUGAAGGAGACCAUCUCAGAAGUGAUUCGUGCGCUUCGCUACACUCACCGUGAACGAGGCUUGGAUACAAUCGAAGAGCUGGAUCGUGUUCCUGCGGAGCUGGUCGUUCUUGGUGAUCCUGUCCGCUUACAUCAGAUUUUCAUGAACCUCCUCAGCAACAGCUACAAGUUCACACCAAAGGGCUCGAUUGUCGUCAAGGCAAGGGUUGCCCGUGAAGCCAAGGGUCGUGUACGCCUAGAAUGUUCCGUAUCUGAUACUGGAAUUGGAAUUCCCGAAGAGCAGAAAGCGCGCCUGUUCCGGCCUUUCUCCCAGGCUGAUCCAUCAACUGAAAGAUCAUACGGGGGCAGCGGACUAGGCUUGAGUAUCUGCAAGGCGAUCAUUGAGGAUGUCCUUGGUGGUGCUAUCUGGCUUGAAUCUGAGUCUGGAGUUGGAACUACCGUGACAUUCCACUUGGUUUUCAAUAAAGCCCCUAAGAAGACUGCCGUCAAGACUGCAUGGUCGCAAGACCUUAGCCAAGCAGAACACAAACAAGCACCCCGACCCGCCACUUGUGAUCUUACACAAAUCCCACGUGACCAGAUCCGGGUAUGCAUCGCCGAAGACAACCCCAUCAACCAGAAAAUUGCGGUCAAAUUUGUGACUGGUCUUGGCCUCCAGUGCGAGGCUUUCAGUGAUGGACGCCAGGCCGUCGAUGCUCUACGUGCCCAAUCCAACCAAGGCAACCCGUUCCACAUCGUUCUAAUGGAUGUCAUGAUGCCCACGCUAGACGGUUACAACGCCACCCGCGAACUUCGACGUGAUCCCGACCCCAACGUUAACCAAGUUCUGGUGAUCGCCAUGACAGCUAGUGCCAUUGAAGGCGACAGAGAGAAGUGUCUUGAGGCCGGCAUGAACAACUACCUCCCCAAGCCUGUUCGGUCACCAAUCCUGAGCGAGCUUCUUGAUAAAUACCUUGCGCCAGUGCCAUCCCAUCCUCGUACACGGCUAGUACUCCGAGAGAAGGGGUCCCGAGCAAGUAUGGGCCCUGAUUGUGGUACACCUACCAGCAUCUCUUCAUCAGGGUCCGAGGAAACCACGAAACUUCCACCGGCCCGUACGUCAAAGGACAUGAUUACACACAACCCCAACCCCAACCCCAAUUCCCCACGAUGA